AUGUUUACUACCGACGAGUCGCUUCAGGACAUCGAUCGGUGGGCUAGAAACUCGUUCCCCGAUGAAUUCGACAAGCUCAAAGGAUUCCUUCACCAGAACAAUGUCACAGCGGCGGAGUACCGAUUCCGCGUAAAGCCUUCAGAGACGAGCAGCGGACCGCCCAGGCACUACAUCUGGGGAGUCAUCGUGGGCGUGACGGGGGAGCAGAACCUACCCGUCUACGCCUCGUUGAGCUGUUCGAAGGGUUACCUCCUGCUGUACCACGAGCCACAGGAACCCAUCCAACCCGACACUCCCACACAGCGGUUCAUGCCAUCGGGGCGCGAAGUCUACAUGGUCAAGCACGAUGACUGCUCAGUGCCUACAACCCGCUUCAAGGAGCCCUUCAACUGGCUGCACCCCGCCGAAGACGAGGUUGGUGCGACAAGGUUAGAGGCACUGGUGCAGUACAUAGUGCUGGCCAACAUCGAGCGCAAGCGGAGCGUGAGAGUCGACCGAUUCAAGGAGAACUUCGAGGGCGCGUGUCGAGACAUCGCUGAGAGUCUCGCACGACAGGCUCGCGAGCAAGCAACCGCCAGUCGCUCGAUUAUUCUUAAGUUCAAGGCGCUGCCUCCUCCUGCCGCCGCUGCCCAGUCACUACCCGAGACCAGUGUGCUCGCAGCCUUGCCCUCACAGCCUCGCACUAUCGAGGAGAUCUUCGGGUCAUUCAAGAGCGAUCUCGAAGACCACGUGAACGCCACCCAAGCCUCGGAGCGCAGAGAGACCGAGUCUCUGCGCGCCGAGAACAAGGCUCUGAAGGAGCAAGUCGAGGCAGCCAACGAGGCAGCAAGGAAGGCGGAAGAGCAAGCGAGGAGGGCGGAAGAGGCGUCCAGGAAGGCGCAGGAGGAGGCGACCAAGAGCAAGGCGCAGUACGAGGGGCUGAGGAGGGUGGUGCAGAAGACGAAGUCGCACUACGAGGAGCUCAGCAAGGUUCUGGAUGGCGACGUAGAGAUGGAGGAUGCGGCGUGA